CGGAGAAUAUUGGAACAAAAAGCGAAAAAUAUUUUUAAUUUUCAACUCAAAAUUCCCAAAUACCUACGUAUAUAUACUGAAGAAAGUACAGAGUUCAAUUAGUUCAAAAUCAUAAGAAUUGUAUGUAAAUUAUAAAAUAAAACACAAAAUUGAAACGACAACGCAACGAAACCCACACUCCACACUCCAGAAGCCAGAGGCUUUAAAAUUCUCAGUCACAGAACAGCCUAACAAUGUCCACGAACGUGCCAACUAUAUCGGUUACUCCUCAUCUUCAUCACUCCUCAUCAUCAUCGGAUUCCGAUUCGGAUACAUCAAAUUCUCAUGACAACGACAUGAACUACUCCAGAAAGUGGGGCGAAUCCACCGACGUCGAGGAUUUCGACAGUCAGGCCGACAAUGUCAAAGCUCCGUCAAGGAGCUCUUCGAAGAAUCACUUAGCUGCUCCUGCAGGCACUUCAAAUGACUUGACCGACGUGGAGGACUACGAUGCCUCCGAUUCUGACUUGGACGGAGAUGGGUGUGACAAGGAGCUCACUUUUCCUGAGUUGAAGCUCUCAUUGGCGGAAUUUCUGAAUCACGAUGUAGAGGCAUUGCAAGCUGUAGACAACGAGGCAGUUGAGAGAGUGGAACGGCGAUCUGGAAACUUUCUGCAAGCCCAGAACCUGACAGCAACCAGUGACUACUUAACGGAUUGUGAAGACUACCACACGGAUUCUGAAAUUGAGAACGAAUGUGUAAAAUCUGUUUGUGUUGAUUUGAAUGAGGCAUUGGUGGAAGCGGGGCGUGUGAACAUCGCCGACGCCACUGGUAGCCCGAACGUCAGUUGUGUAUCAAACGAGCAUGAUGACUUAUCCAUUGCAAGCAACAUAAGCGACCUGGCUUUGGAUGCAGCUGGGGCAAAGUGUCAUCUUGAGCAGGGUCUGUCGGAAGAUGAAGUCAUGGAAAUUUCGGGAGACGAGGAAGUCUGUCAAAUUGCAUUUUCCGAUUCCGAUUCUAAGGACGAGGACGACAUCCAUUCGGGCGAAGACAAUUCGCCACCGCUAGAUGUAACGUUUAUACCUCCUCUAGCCUCGAUGAGUACGUCUGCAAUGAAGCCGACAUGUUCGACGACUUCCAAUUGCAAAUUUCUAGCUGUGGAAGAGAGGCGGGAGGAGGUAUUAACUGAUGUUGAGCGGUUGGACGACGACGAUGAUGACGAUAGCUACGAUGAAGAUGAGAAGCCUAUUCCACAGGCAGUUAUUUUGGCGCCUGGCGAUGUUGGGGAUUGCCACACGGACUGCGAAGAAGUGUCCUGUGAUGAGAACUCCUAUUCGGACCUGUGCACAUCCGAAGCAAAAGGCCGAACCGUCGACGUCAAGGUUCUACCCCAGCCGCAACGGGAAGUUGUGCUUCUGCAGGAAGACAAAUACGGCGAUACUAUAACCAGCGUUAUGCCCAUGGACGAGGAGUAUCAAUUUGGAAUGGGCACUCAUGUUAGAGAAGAACACGCCACGGAUUCUGAAGAGUACUCCUGUGCCGACGAAGAAGAUGCCACUGAAGCUUCGCUAGCCGAGCCGUGUCUGCCAUCGCCCGGUGGUCUGAUUGAGUCCGACAUCACAAUUGCCAAUGAGCAAAUGAAAGCGCACAUCAGCAAGCGUCUCGAAAUACAAUCGAACACUGAAUCGGUAACAGACGUCGAGGAGUUCUACAUGGAUGGCACCCAUGUUCGCCGCAAGAAGCUUAAAACGCGCAGCAUGAGUAAAAACAAAUCUAAAUUUUUAGAUGUUCCGAAGGCGGGAGAAGAGGGCAAAACCGAUACGGAGGAUAUGGAUCUGUCUGAGACAGAACUACCUCAGGGCUUGAAGUACACGCCGAGGACUAACCCCAGCAUCAAUCUUCCGCCAGUGCAGAUCGACAAGGCCACCGAUAUUGAAGACCUCACAGCCGAUGACAUAUCAUCUGCUUCCGAAAUGGAGUUGCCCCAAAUCGACAGAAUGUCCUCAAACCUCAAGGAUUACGACACCAGUAGUUCAAACGUUGUCAUAUCUUCCGAAGCAUGCGUCGCGUCGGCUAAUUUCCGACAGAGUAAGAAAUCGCAAUCGGCUCCAAAAAUAAACUCUAAUGAGCAGCAAAAUGCCCAGCAGCAACAAACAGAUGUGGAGGACGUGCAACUACCCUCCGAUGCCGAGGACUACAGCCCACGGGAGCCUCGCUCCUCAUGCCUCCCGAAUGAAUUGCAUGAGAUGCUUAAUGCCGGUUGCACGACCACCGUGCACGAGAAGUGCCAGAGCAGCUUCAAUGUCGACGCCGAGAAGAUACACAUCAAGGGUAUGUUGCGCGAGGCCCACACAGACGUUGAGUAUGUAGAAUCGGACGAAUCGGCCGCCCGGGGCAGCAAGUAGAGGAGCAAUUGUUUGACACCAACUCGUAACAACUUUCAAAGCAAAACACCCCACAAAACUCAAACCCAAUCAGACAUGCACACCUCAAUCCAAAUCGUUAGACACUGCAAGAAAUCGUUCCCGAGGCCCAGACUGUAACCGUGGAAUCGGUCACCAGGCAAGAAUUCAAACAUUAGGCAAUUUUUACGCCGGCUACGUGUUUUAAGAGCGCAGUGGAGUAGUGCUGCUGAAAUCCGAUGUCACACAUGUUUUCAACAAAGCUGGAAACAUCCUCAAAGGGUCUGUCAUCAUCGGAAAGCAAAAAAGUGUUGUCGUUGUGCGACAACAAAAAAUCAACUACACAUCCCAAAAAUCAACUACACAUGCAUCCAACUAAAAUAACAGUAUUCUCUUUGCCCAUGGGUAACUCGAAGGUCUUUGGAUCCGGAUUGCAAAAUGCUUUUGUUGUGGAAAUUCUAUUGGCGUCAUUCGGCAGAAUAAACACAAAUCAUCAUCAUCGACACAGAAUCCAUUUCUAGCUUUAGAUAUUUUAUUAAAAUAAAAACAAAAAUCUUCUAAAGGUCCACUCUGUCCAAUAGAACAGUCAUCAUCGACUAAAGAUAACCGAAUUACAUGCAUACAUACACUACAUACCGCAGACAAACACAAAUAUCGGAUAUGUAUAUUUAGUGUUACUUUUUUUAACAUUACUUAUUGUUUUCUUUUUUACCGACGAACAAAAACAACAAGAACAACCAAGGUUAAUGUUUUAAAAAUCCGCUUAAAUGUGAUUAGAUUUAUUCACAAAAAUAUUUGUACUGCAGAACAUAAUGCCGUUUAGGCCUCACACACACAUACAUACCAACACGCUUUCCAUUGCAUUGUGUCCUCUUUGGGCGCAUCGACUUUGGCGAUCGCAAACAGGAUAAGAAAGGAACCAUAAACAUUGCGUGUUCGUGGACAUGUUUGACUUGAAACCUCUUCUCACAGGCACAUUCUAAUUAAUAAAUUAAGCAAACAAUUGCAAAAAAAAGAAACUAAA